UUUGUUUCCAGCUCUAGCUCUUGCAAGAAGCGACAAUUUUUGCAUAUAAUACAAUUAAAUAAUAAAGGGCGACCGUCGAGGCUGCGAAACCUGGUUUUUAUACUGCUCCAAUUGCUGAAGAAUCUAGUUUAGGUGCCACCCACGAAAACCAGAAAGUGAUAACGCAAAAACUACAAACGGAGCUCCCAAAAGAAAAAAACGCAGCGACGGCCCAAAAGUGAAAGCCCCCAGAAAAAGUACAAAAGAGCGAAAGAGCAAGAGCAAGAGCGAGAGCGAGAGAACGGUGAAAAGAGUCUGGGCGAGAGAAAAACGAUUUUUUCAGAGAACACCGCGAUUUUUUGGUCAUAUUUUGUGUGCAAUUGCAAGACCUGGUAGUGCGAGGAGCCGACAAGGAACAGGACCGGAACACACAGACAGCCUUCAAGAUUCUCGGGCACUUCUACAGCGGCGUACAGAUCCAGAGCCAGAGCCACGGCCACCAGAACGCAGAAGCCACCGUUACCUACAGCACCAACAGCACUCCACUAGCCGCCACCACGCUCCACCACAAACAGCCAGCAGCCAUCAUGUUCGUCAACUCGAUGACGUUCCGCGGCAAUCCGGCGAACUACCACCAGCAGCAGCCGGCUCUGAACCACCACACGCUGGCCGCGGCGCACCACCAGCAGCAGCUGCACCACCAUGCCGCCGCCGCCGGUCACCUGGGCCACGUCGGCGGCGGACAUGCGGCCAGCAAUCACCUGGCGGCUGCCGCCGUCCUUGGCCGACAUGGCGGCCACAACUCCCUGGGCAGCGGGCACACGUCCAGCUCCUCGCAUUCGACCAAUGUCGGUGUGGGCGUGGGCGUGGGUGGAGGUGCCCUGGCCAGCGGCUCCACCGGCGGCGGCAGCGGUGGCAACAGCUCCCCGGACAGUGGCAAGAUCUACAUCAAAAAUCUGGAGCGAUCCAUCGACAACAAGGCGGUGUACGACACGUUCUCCGUGUUCGGUAACAUCCUCAACUGCAAUGUGGCCAAGGACGAGGAUGGCAACUCGCGCGGCUAUGGGUUUGUGCAUUUCGACUCGGAGGAGGCCGCCCGGGCGGCCAUCGAGAAGGUGAACGGGAUGCUGUGCAAUAACCAGAAGGUGCACGUGGUCAAGUUCAUACCACGGCGGGACCGGGAGCAGGAGAAGGCCACGCACUUCAAGAACCUGUACGUGAAGAACCUCAGCGAGGAGUUCACCGAGCAGCAUUUGCGUGAAAUGUUCGAGCCCUACGGCCGCAUCACCAGUCACAAGCUCAUGUUGGACGAGGAGGGGCGCUCGCGGCGCUUCGGUUUCGUGGCUUUCGAGAAUCCACAGUCGGCGCUGGCCGCCGUGAUUGGCCUGCAUGGCAAGCAGCUGGGCGACAACAAGUUCUUGUACGUGGCAAGAGCUUUGAGCAAGGCCGAGCGGCAGCAGGAGAUCAAUCGCAAGCUGGAGGAACGCAAGCGUCAGAAGGCCGGCCAGAUAUUCUACUACUAAGAAGGCGGCGGCGGCGGAGGCAGCUGAUCCAAGGACAUCGCUAGGAGUUGACUCAGACCCAUACACACAUACAAUAUACACCCAUAUAUAAACCUAUAUAGUUAUUUACGAGAAAUUGUAUCGAGCAGCUGAGCGAAAAAUCAGGCAGCGGGCAGGAUGCUACUCCUGCAUAUUUACAUUUAGAAGUAGGCAAAAAGUGUUGCAACACAGUUGAAAUUUAUAGAAACACACACACAAACACACACACACAGGAUCAUAGACAGAAAAAGAGAAGCAUUACACGGAACUCUCAAUCGAAAGGAUUCUCUAGGCAUUAGGACAAAAGUUUCUUAGCACUCACUAGCGUUUUUUUGGACUUAGAUGUUUGUCUUUACUGUUGAAUUUAGUGAGCAGAGGCUUCGCUGUCAGCUUCUCGCCUAAAGAACACAUUGCGUACACGUAUUUCGAAUUGUAUUUACCCACACCAGGCCCACGUUCACACAGGCCCGCCCUUUGGCAUUAAGUCUAGAUCGCGCGAUCGCAGCUAGAGCUACGCCCAGCCGAGUCCUGGGCAACAUAUGAAUAUUUACACAUACCUAUUAUAUAUUAAAACAAAACUAAAGCUACAAAACAAAAAAAAAAAAAAAUCAAACAAAAACACAAAAAAACAAAAAUGGAAAAAUGGAAAAAAAUACAAUUGAUGUAACCCCUAUUAACAAUUGAAGCACUCACUCUACGUAUAUACAUAAACAUAUAUAUUUAACGUAAAACCCAUUACACGCUGUAGUUAAAAGGCGUUUAUAAUACUCACACACUCUACGCUAUAACUAAUACUUUUGACGAGGAAAUCAAGUGCAACCAUUGCGAAAGCGAACCCUACACGUAAUUUAUAUAGUAGACGCAAAUGCGGAGGAAGGAAAGAAUAAAUCGAAGCUGAACAGAAAAAUAAUUAGUAGGAGGGCCCAGAGCCGCUCCUGCGGACAGUAUAUGAGUAUUAAAAUUUUAGCAAUUACAAGACAUUUUUGUAAUUAAUUGUACAUUGUUUCAAGUAGCAACAAACGAAAAUGAAACCACAAAACAGGACCGCAAAGACAGCCGUAAUGUAGCGACAAAACAAACAAAUAAACAAAAAACAAAAGAAAAACUAAUUGAAUAUAACCAAUCCAAGGAGUGUACACAAUGCAAUGUUUAAAAUCUUUUAGAAUAUUAUUACGGAUACAAGGCACGAAAUAAAACCCUAAAAAUGGAAAAAUCACUUUGAAGGCAGGCGUGUAUACAAGUUCGGCCCAUGGCAAAUUAAACCGAAAUAAAAGCAAAUACAUACAUAAUUUAAGGUUAUUGAGCUUAAUUUUUAACAUGUUUCCAAGAACAGAAAACGAAAGUAAAGAGAAAAACAAAAAUAUUAAGAAAACCCAAAAACCAAACAAUGCUAAACUCACUCAAAAUUUGUAAGAUUCAAGUUUUGUGUCUAGACAUACACACAAUGUAUAGUUAAAACAGUACCACAAAAGAACAAAAAAUGAAAUUACAUAAAAAUAGUUAUAAAUGAUGGCAAUAUUUAGGAUGGCAUAAUUAAUGUAACCCUCAUUUGACAAUAUUUAUUUUCCAUUACAUUUCAUUUCGAGCUUAGGUUGCUCGCUCCCUUUGAUCUUAAGUUUUUUUUGCCUAGGGAGCGACCGAUAUUACGAUUCUAGUUUUCAGGACAAAAGUAGGAUUAGGCCUCCACACUCUAACUCACACAGAACAUAUGCAAUAUGAAUUUACAAGACAAACAAACAAAAGAAAAUUAUGCAAUUGAAUAAUAUUUACACAAAUGUACAAAACAAAAAAGUAAGAAAGAAAAUGAAAUUUAUUUUCCUUUGCCAAGCAAAUGCGACAUACUUCUUAUUAUUAUUAGAAAUUAUAAUUGUAAUUGAAACUUAAUUUUUUUGGUAAUUGCUUUUGCAGAAUUUACCUAAAAACAAAAUAAACGACAAACAAAAAGAAAAUGAAAAAAAUCCAAAGGAAAACCCUUUUAUAGUGCUAAAUUUUUAGAGAGUACAAGAAAUGUUAAUUCAGUCUUACAAAAUUAAUUGAUAAACACAACACACAAGAAACGAAUUCCAUUUCGAACCCGCAACACAAACACAAAUGAACUCGAUUUUGCACCAUUUGCUAAAUGAGACAUAACACCUGCAUUCGAUUCUACUCACGAGAACCUAGUUUUUAUUUACAUUUUUACAUUUUUUGCUUGGACUGGGGUGUGUGUGCCCCCUCGAAAGUCCCCUUUUAAUGACUAGCGAACCCCACACGCGAAGCACAGAUAAUACUGACACAGAUGGCGUAUAAUAUAUGCAUUAUAUAUGUAAUUCCAUUGAAACGAAAAUCCUAAUUAUAACAUAUUACAAAUACCUACUUAUUAACAAACCUAAAAAACAAAAAAACCAAGCGAAAAUGAACAAGAAAAAGGAAAACAUUUAAUGAUGAAAAUCAAGAUGCAGUGAGCAGAGACAUGUGAAACUUGAAUAAAAAUGCUUUUGCAAAAAGUGUUUGAAAUUGCGA